CAGAAUCAAGAAUUAAAGAAUCAGAAACACAUUUAUCAAAUAUAUUAAUUGAAAGAGAGGAACUUGUGACUAAAAAAGAGGAACUUGAAAUAAAACUUGAUCAAUCACAACAAGAAAUAACCAAUCUUAAACGACAGAAUGGAACCACGAAUAAACUUAUAGCAAAGUUUCAGCAAGAAACGGAAAAAGUUAUGAAAGAUCUUAAACAAAAAUUGGAUGCUAAAGAUCAACAAUUAAAAUCUAAAGAUAAAACGGAUGGAAAUUCCGAAUUG